AUGCAAGCAUCAUAUCAAGAAAAUGUGCAUCAUCUUCAUAGAUCAAGCAAGCCGCUAAAUCUCACAAAUCCAAUAAGGUUAGCGUUUUUAGGGGGUGCUAAAUCAGGCAAGACGUCAAUAAUCUCAAAAUUGACUCUUGGCAAUUUCAUGGAUACUUAUUAUCCCACAAAUCACAUUAAUCCGGUUCUUUUCAAUUAUGAGCCUAAAUGCGAAGCAUCGCGAGAAAUCCUAAGUGGGUCUACUUUAUCAAAUGGUAAAUAUUUAAAUUUAUCUUUGAAUUUAUCUAAUAAGACUUCGACAUCAAUCAAGAAUAAUGGAUAUUACUCUAUAUCAUCCACGGGCGAGGUAAGCCCCAUUUUAGUCGAAUUGAUUGAUACUCCUAGCUUCAAUCCUCAAACAGUGGUUCCGUUUCUUGAAGCUUCGUUAUAUGCCAAAUUGGAUAGGGAUGUGCUAUACAAUUUGGCAAAUGAGCCGCGUCGUUCUGUUUCUACAAAUCCAUUAUUAGUAGCCAGUGGAGCUAGUGAAUUGAAUGGGAACAUCGAUGGGUAUUUCUUGGUUUAUAGUGCAAUACCUAGCUAUAAUCCACCCGAUUAUGAAAGUGAUGGUAUUGAAGAGUUGGCGAGAAACCAUACAUUUAAUAUCCUACCGGUAAUAGGAAAUGCUUUGAGCGAGGCAUGGGGUGAAUAUAAUUUGUACAAGGAGAAUUGGAAAAAGAAGAAAGAGCGAGAUAUGUUUUCUUUCAAAUCUGCAUUUAAGGGAAUUUGGAACGAUGAGCUAAUGGGUAAUAGUAAAAAAAACAGUAGUGAUAAAGGGAGGAGCAAUAAGUCUCCGUCCUCUACUUCGGUUCCUGCUAUGGAACGAGCCCCAUUUUUGGCACCGCCUAUAUGGAUAGUGUGCACUCAUGCAGACAGUCAAUUGGCAUCCAAUACAUUGUUGGAAAACGGGAAGAAGUUGAGUCGUGAAUGGAAGUGUGGGUUUAUUGCCGUUGAUUAUGUCAAAGAUAAUACCUGCAAUAUUUUACUACCGUUGAUGAUUAGAGAUAUAAUUGAAAAGCAAAAGAAAGGGACUAAAUAA